AUGGCCUGGAUUCCUCUCCUCUUCUUCCUCCUUCAUUGUACAGGUUCUGUGGCCUCCUAUGAGCUGAUCCAACCAUCUUCAUUAUCAGUCGCUGUAGGAGAGACUAUUGAAAUCACUUGCUCUGGGGAUCAAUUGCCAAAAAAUUAUGCUCAUUGGUUUCAGCAAAAGCCAGGCCACUCCAUUAUGCGACUCAUAUAUGAAGAUACUAAGCUCUCGUCAGGGAUCCCUGACCGAUUCUCUGGUUCCAGUUCAGGGACAACAGCCACUUUGACUAUCAGUAGAGCUCAGCCUGAGGAUGAGGCUGACUAUUACUGUCUUUCAUCAUAUGGUGAUGGUAGUAAUAUCAAACCCACAUGUUGGGUGUUCGGCGGAGGAACCAAAUUGACUGUCCUGGGUCAGCCCACAUCUCACCCUUCAGUCACCUUGUUUCCACCUUCUCCUGAGGAGCUCAAGACCAGCAAGGCCACACUGGUGUGUAUGAUCAAUGACUUUUACCCUGGUGAUUUGGCAGUGACCUGGAAAGCAGAUGGUACAACUAUCACCCAGGGUGUGGAGACAAGUAACCCUUCCAAACAGGGCAACAAAUACUUGGCUACCAGCUUCUUGACUUUGACAGAAGAUGCAUGGAAAUCUAAAAACCAAGUCAGCUGUGAGGUCACUCAUGAAGGGACAAAAGUGGAGAAGAGUUUGUCGCCUGCAAUGUGUUCCUAGGCCUUCCAAUAUUCAUCUUACCCAUAGAAACUGGGAUUAGAAUAAUGAACAAAUACUGCUCUUGCCUAUCAUAGCCCUUCCCCCUGCUCCUGAAAUGCAAAAUAAAAUAUCUGUUCUCAACCU